UCACCAGGUUAAGUGGACCUGACAUUGUUGAGGCAUCUGCCAGAAGCCUGGGCUGGAAGACAGCUUCCCUACCACAGCCUUCAUGCUCUGAAGAGUCCCUAGUAAGUCAUUUCUGGAGUCAGCGGUAGAGUCCAGGGCCAGGAGUCUGGCCACUUGACCUUUUACUGGUAAGGACCAUGUUCCAGUUUUUAUCACUUCCUGUCCUUCUGUGUGUGGUGACAGUGUCCUGCUCAGAAAUAAAAUCCUGUGAGGAUGCCCAGAAGACCUGUUCAGUGAUUACAUGUGGCAUCCCAGUCACCAAUGGCACUCCAGGCAGAGAUGGGCGAGAUGGACCCAAAGGAGAGAAAGGAGAACCAGGGCAAGGGCUCAGAGGCUUGCAGGGCCCUCCGGGGAAAAUGGGGCCUCCAGGAAUUCCAGGAGCUCCUGGCUUAGCAGGACUCAAGGGCCAAAAAGGAGAUCGUGGAGGCAGUUCAGUUGCUGAGACUACACUGGCUGACUUAGAGAGAGAGAUAAGGCAACUGAAGUCCCAACUGUACCACAUGAAAAAACUGCAAACAUUCUCCUUGGGCAAAAAAUCUGGAAAGAAGCUCUAUGUGACCAAUGGUGAAAAGAUGCCUUUUUCCAAGGUGAAGGCUCUGUGCACUGAGCUCCAGGCCACUGUGGCCACCCCCAAGAAUGCUGCAGAGAAUGAGGCCAUCCAGCAUGUGGCUGAGGACAGUCUCUUCCUGGGCAUCACAGAUGAAGUGACCGAAGGCCAGUUUGUGUAUGUGACAGGAGGGAGACUGACCUACAGCAACUGGAAGAAAGAUGAGCCUAAUGACCAUGGCUCAGGGGAGGACUGUGUGGUCCUUCGAACCGAUGGACUGUGGAAUGAUGUCUCCUGUUCUUCCUCCUACCUGGCUGUCUGUGAAUUCCCAGCCUGAAGAGGCAUUCCUCAACCCAUCCUUGGCUCUCUGCAGAGCUCUCUGCUGCCCUACAAGAGAAUUCAGUGAUGGUUUUCUAA